CAACACUGAGACAUUCCUGGAGUGAGGGAGCAGUUGGAGGCAGUUCCUCACACAGGCAGGAUGAUGCGUUGAUAGAUCUGUCCCAUCUGGGCCAGGUGAACUCAAAUCUUUUUCUUGUUUCCAACGGGGCAGGUCCUUAUGAAACAAUCUUGGUACCCUGGGGGUCUGUCAGCAGCCAAGAUGGAGCCUUUCUUAAGAAAACACUUGACCUUCCUAUCAUUCUUUUGGAACAAGCUCUGGCCCACCAGUGUUCCUGAUGACUGCAUCCCCAGAUACCCAGGCCCUGAUCCUGUCACAAUGGAUCUUGAUCCUGAUCCUGACCCAGAACCCUUCUCUACAAAAUCAAGCAGCCCCCCUCCCUCGGUCCUUUUCAUGGUUCUGUAUGACUUUACAGCCAGGUGUGCAGAUGAGCUGAGUGUGAGCAGAGGAGACAAGCUCUUUGUGAUCAAAGAAGAGGGUGACUACAUCUUUGCCAGGAGGCUCUCUGGUCGGCCAAGCACUGGGCUUGUACCCAUUAAUUAUGUGGCCAAAGCCACCCAGGAUACCUUCUCCAAUCAACCAUGGUAUUUUGAUGGGAUCAGCCGGAGCGAAGCUCAACAACUUCUGCUGUCCUCCUCCAACCAGCAUGGAGCCUUUUUGGUUCGACCCAGUGAGAGUAGUCGAGGAGACUACUCAUUGUCAGUUCGCACACAGGCCAAGGUCUGCCAUUACCGAAUUUCCAAGGCCCCAGAGGGUGGCCUAUAUAUUCAGAAAGGCCAGGUUUUCUCCAGCCUGGAGGAGCUCCUCACUUACUACAAAGCCAACUGGAAGAUUAUUCAGACACCCCUGCUGCAGCCCUGUGUACAAGAGCGGCUACUGGAGAGGGAUGAAUGGGAACGGCCCCGGUCUGAGUUUGCCCUUCGAAGAAAGCUGGGAGAAGGCUAUUUUGGAGAGGUGUGGGAAGGCUUGUGGCUGAAUAAGAUUCCAGUGGCCAUAAAGAUCAUAAAGUCUGCUGACAUGAAGCUUGAUGACUUCAACAAGGAGAUUCAGAAUCUAAAGAAUCUAAAGCAUGAGAAGCUGAUCAGAUUGCAUGCAGUCUGUUCCAUCGGGGAGCCUGUAUACAUUGUGACUGAGCUCAUGAGAAAAGGGAACCUCCAGAGCUUUCUCAACAGUCCAGAAGGGAAGGCUCUCAGCAUCAUCCACCUCAUGAGUAUCGCCUGCCAGGUGGCUGAGGGUAUGACCUACCUGGAGGAGAGGCACAUUGUACACCGGGAUCUAGCUGCUCGAAACAUCCUGGUGGGAGAGGACCUCACCUGUAAGAUCGCAGACUUUGGCCUAGCCAGGCUGCUAAAGGAUGAUAUUUAUUCCACAAAAAGCAGCACCAAAAUUCCUGUAAAGUGGACAGCACCAGAAGCAGCCAAUUAUAGGAUCUAUUCACAGAAGUCAGAUGUUUGGUCCUAUGGGAUCCUGCUUUAUGAAGUUUUCACAUAUGGACAGUGUCCCUAUGAAGGAAUGACCAAUCAGGAGACCAUUCAGCAGAUCUCCCGAGGUUACAGGCUUCCUCGCCCACUCAUUUGUUCCCCUGAAGUCUAUAUACUCAUGUUGGAGUGCUGGAAAAGCAAUGCUGAGGAGAGACCUGCCUUCUCUGUGCUCAGAGAGAAGCUCAGCUCCAUCUACAGACGUCUCCAUCAUUCUUUCACAUGACCUAGGCCCUGUUGCCUUCCCCUACAUUCUUUCCCCAUAUUCCCAUCCCAAACCACAAACUGUAUAGGGCUGCCAGUGUCUUUCUGAUGCCUUCUUAUAGGGAGGAGGGCGUUAGAAUAAUGCUUCUUAAGGACUCCUAAGAUCUGUGACCAGGAGACUUAUGAACCUAGAUAUCCUUGGAUUCCUACAGAAUCUCAGAAUUGGAAAGGUUCUUAAAAGUCAUGUAGACCAACCUAUAUUCCAAAAGCUCCUACUGCCACAAGCUGAACAAGUGGUCUUUUAGCCUUCACUUAGAAGAUCUCUAGUGAGGGGAAACUCACUACCUCCCAGCAGUCCCUUCUACUUGCUCCUUUAUCCCCGCUUCUCAUCAUUCUUCUUCCACUAUGAGAAAAUAGAAUGUGGAUGAAGGGAUCUUCCUUACAGCUAGUCACUCUCAGGAAUAUAUUUAAUGUAAAUACUGUACAGAGGACAUUUAAAUGUCAAGAAAGAAAAUAACCUGGAAUUGUAUGUCUAUAGAAUUGAUCUGAUAGUGUGUUGAUGUUUGAUAGCUUCAUUACAUACAUGUUUGUUAAAAGGAAAAUUCUUUGUUCAGAUCUUUAUCUUGAUUAAUGAUGUAAAACUCAGGAAAAAGAGAAUUAAAAUGAUAUUUAUUCAAAGUAUGUCAAGGUAACAACAUGCUACUGGAGAUCAGCAGGGCAUUCAAGAUGGGACCAGCUUUUAUGGAUAACUUUAAUAAUGAGAUAAAGACACUUUAGACAGGUCCUCAUCAGCAAAAGGGGUAGACUUCAGCUUCUCCCUGAUUUCCUGUAUAUGAUAUUUAACACAUAGGAGAUAAUCUGUGACAGACAUGGGAUAUCCUUUUACAUGAUGGAUAGCAGAUGACAUAAAAAUUGUAAACUGGAUAAUAUCUCCUCCAACAUUAAUUUACAAGCAGGAUUGGGAACAACGGGUCACUGAAUCAAUGUAAGUUUCAAAAUAUGUUCAUUCAACAGAUACUCAUUGAACACCUAAUAUGUCUAAGACACAAUGCCAAAGGCUCCAGGGACUAUAAACAUGAAUAGAAUCCAGCCCCUUCCUUGGUUAAGGAACAAGGGAAAUAAGAUAUAAGACACAUACACAUA